CUCCCACGUACUAUACUAUACACUCCCUUUCUCUCUUCUAUAUCAAUCUUCUUCCUCUCUGUACUUUCCAUCUUCACAACCAGUACAGUGAGAGGGUGAAACAAAAGUAAUUAAAUUAAUGGCGGAAGAAAGCUCGCCGGGCUUCAACAGAUCAUCGGUGAAGCUGAAGUACGUGAAGUUGGGGUACCAGUACCUGGUAAACCACAUUCUAACGUUGCUGCUAGUCCCUGUCAUGGCGGGAGUGACGAUCGAGGUUCUAAGGUUAGGUCCGGAGGAGCUUGUGAAGAUUAGGGAUUCUGUGAUGAGCUUGGACCUUAUCCAAGUUCUGUGUUCCUCCUUCUUCCUCGUCUUCGUCGCCACUCUCUACUUCAUGUCCAAGCCCCGCUCCAUUUAUCUGGUGGAUUACGCGUGCUAUAAGCCGCCGGUGACUUGCCGAGUUCCGUUCUCGACUUUCAUGGAGCAUUCGCGGUUGAUUUUGAAGGAGAAUCCGAAGAGCGUGGACUUCCAAAUGCGGAUCCUGGAGCGAUCCGGCCUCGGCGAGGAAACGUGCUUGCCGCCGGCGAUUCAUUAUAUCCCUCCCAAGCCGACAAUGGAGGCCGCGAGAGGGGAAGCGGAGGAGGUUAUCUUCUCCGCCAUUGAUUCUCUGAUGAAGCAGACGGGGCUGAAGGCGAAAGAUAUUGAUAUUCUGAUCGUGAAUUGUAGCUUGUUCUCGCCGACUCCGUCUUUAUCGGCGAUGGUUGUUAAUAAGUAUAAGCUGAGGAGUAAUAUCAAAAGCUAUAAUCUGUCCGGGAUGGGGUGCAGUGCCGGCCUGAUCUCGAUCGAUCUCGCACGUGACCUCCUGCACGUGCACCCGAACUCCAACGCGCUGGUGGUUAGCACGGAGAUCAUCACGCCCAACUAUUACAAAGGAUCGGAGAGAGCUAUGCUCCUCCCUAACUGCCUCUUCAGAAUGGGUGGGGCCGCGAUUCUCGUGUCCAAUAAGAGGCGCGAUUCGGGUCGGGCCAAGUACCGGCUCAUGCACGUGGUCCGCACGCACAAGGGCGCCGACGACAAAGCCUACCGCUGCGUUUACGAGCAGGAAGAUCCGCAAGGGAAAGUCGGAAUCAAUCUCUCCAAAGACCUAAUGGUGAUCGCCGGCGAGGCGCUCAAAUCCAACAUAACCACAAUCGGCCCGCUAGUUCUCCCGGCAUCGGAGCAGCUCCUCUUCCUCUUCACCCUAAUCGGCCGGAAAAUCUUCAAUCCCAAAUGGAAACCCUACAUUCCGGACUUCAAACAGGCCUUCGAACACUUCUGCAUCCACGCCGGCGGCCGCGCCGUGAUCGACGAGCUCCAGAAGAAUCUGCAGCUCUCGUCGGAGCACGUCGAGGCCUCCAGGAUGACGCUGCACCGCUUCGGAAACACGUCGUCUUCUUCGCUCUGGUACGAACUCAACUACAUUGAAUCCAAAGGGAGGAUGAAGAAAGGCGAUAGGAUUUGGCAGAUUGCUUUCGGCAGUGGAUUCAAAUGUAACAGUGCAGUCUGGAAAUGUAACCGUAACCUUAAAAAACCCGCGGAUGGACCGUGGCUGGAUUGCAUCGAUAGGUACCCAGUGCACAUCCCCGAAGUAGUUAAGCUUUAAUUUAUAUAUAUCCUAUCUUAUCUUUCAUUUGUAUUGGUGCAAUAUAUAUACAUUAUCUGUUUCAUUUUACAUUUUAACAUGUUAUGUUUACUGUCUAUUGAUCAAAUAUACACUCUUUCUUUGUGUAUAA